AUGGGAAGGAUCUACUUUGCAACGACAAAUCUGAAGAAGCUGAAGGAGAUUAGAAGUCUUUUUGAGGCAGACAUAGUGCACAUGAACAUCCCGAUGGUUGAAAUCCAAGCAUCCCUGGAACGAAUUGUGGACCACAAGCUCAACCAGGUGGUUCCGUGCAUAGGGGAGGGCGAUGCAGUGAUUGUUGACGACACGGCAGUUGCUUUCGAAGGGCUGUAUGGAUUUCCCGGUGUUUACAUCAAGGACUUUCUCAGGAUAGGAUCUCGAAAAAUCUCAGAGAUUGUAGGGAAGAUAGGGAAUAGCAAUGCAACAGCAUUCUGCUGCUUGGGGAUUGCCCACUACAGGGACGGACGUGUGGUCAAGAAGGUGUUUUUCGGGGAACUCGAGGGCUCAAUUGUGGAGUCGAAGGAGGACGGCCUGGAAGGCUUUGAUUACAUCUUUCUUCCCAGCGGGUCCUCGAUGUGUCUUGGAGACAUGCCUGUCGACGAGAAGAAUAGAAUAAGCCACCGAAGGAUUGCAAGCAAAAAGCUGGCAGAUUAUAUGGCGUCCGUUGGGAUAAUUAAGGCCCAUGGCUCGUAA